AUGCCAAAUGCAGAUGUAUCAACUCGACCCGUUUCGAUGAUUAUCACAUCUACGAAUCACAAUGAAGAAACGAAACUAAUAAAAGGAUCCCAACUCAAUAUUAACUCAAUGCCUUUGAAUCUUCAACAACAACAGAAUCAUGAUCGCUCUUCAUCAUCAUCGUUUGAUGGAGGAACAAAUGACGUAAAUAAAAAUAAUAACAACAAUAAACAAUCGAAAGAGUUACUCGAUAGUUUAUCAGAUAAGUCCGAUACUGAUGAAUUAUCACAAUCCGAAGAAGACGAUAAGGAAUUUCGUCGAAUAGGAAGCCAAUAUUUACCUGAACUACGAGCAUCAUCAAGACAAAAUAAACAAUUUCAAAAGUUAUUUCGAAAAGAAAUAGCUGACCUGCCUGAAUUAAUUGAUCAUUAUGUGUGUGCUUAUCAAGGUGAUAUUUUAUUACAAGGCAAAAUGUAUAUGACUGAUAAAUAUUUAUGUUUUUAUUCACGAAUAAUUGCCUAUGUUACAAAACAUGUCUAUCGUUGGGAUCAAAUUCAAAAUGUCACUAAAGAACGUGUAGCAUUCAUUUUCCCAACGGCAAUUGGCAUACAAAUGAAACAAACAGGGAAAAAAAUUAUUUAUGCGUCAUUUUUAAUGCGGGAUGCUGCAUACGACACUAUACUCCAAUUAUGGAAUACCUAUUUGGAAAAUGAAUCGACAAGGGAAGAUAAUAAAGAUGAUAAUAAUGCAAAAAAUUCGACACUGAAAGCUCCAUCAUGUACAUGUCACGGUCUCAAUACUAAUAAACGUGAGAAUACAUUAAUAAAUCCAAAUUCUGACAAAGGAGAUGGUGAUAGUUUACCAGUUUUCCAAGAAAGAUUAGUCGAUGAUGUGAUACAACGUUGUAUUGAUCAUGAAGAGAAGACGAAACAAGCCGAACAAGAUAAACUGUUAAUAAAGACUGAACAUCAAGAACGACAACCAUCGGUGACGUCAAAAAGUAGCGAUGAGAAGCAGCAACAAAAGAAACAUAGAAAAUCGAAAGAUAUGGCUACAAAUUUGAAAAUACAUACAGAUGCAACUCAUACAGAUCAAUUGAUUUCAAAAGCACCAGCUGAACAUAUAUGUGGUCGACAUCCGGACGUAAGACAACAUCAUUCACGUUCACGUUAUAAACAGAAAACUGCUGAUCAUAAAACAGAUUCAAAAAAACAUCUUCAACCUCCCAAUCAUAUACGACGACCACAUCGAACACGAAGUGCAUCAUCACAUCAUCAUUUGUUAGAUACAAAUGUUUCCAAUUCGAGAACUAUCCAAAAUCGUUCCGUCACUCCUGAGCCUAUGACACAUGUUGAAAAUGAUAAUACAACGACUACAACAAUAACAAAUAAUGAUAGUUUAAUGACACCGUCCCUUUCCUCUAACUCACUGCCAACAACAGUGGCAACAUCAGAAAAUUCUAUGCUAAAAACAAUGUUAAAACAAUUUUUAUUAGUAUUAAGCCGUUUAAAAUUCCAUUCAUUUAGUACAUCCUUGACAUUUCUGGUAUUUAUCAUUUUACUCUUUUUUCAUUCAAUAUAUCUAAUUAAGUUGGCCUAUCGUAUUGAAAAUCGAUUGAAUGCGUUACAAUAUCUAUGGCCAACUUCGUCACCUACAACAGUUAAAAAUAGUGUACCAACUUCAGCACAAAUGAAUCACAAAGACAUUUGA